GGAAAUUGCAUGAGAAAUUCUGAUCCUAUUAAUUUCGAAAACUGCAUGAGAAAUUCUGAUCCUAUUUCUAUUUACGUUCCGAAAACAGACCUAUUGCAUUGCCACGCGCAAUCACUACGAAAUUACCGAGCUCUUGUACCUGGGUAAGCUGUUGACCAGGCUGUCGACCAAUUGGCCGCAUUUUAUGCGGCGGUAUUCCACGAGGAACGACGAGUCCAAGUAUGCCCAGUUCAUCAGGUAGUGUGCUGCUUUCUACGCAUGACAGAUUUGCUUUGCAUAGUGCCGUAAUGCAUCACAAAAAGCACGACGCACUCCCCACCCCACAUUACAUCUCGCCACAGCUCCGUCAUCCGCGUUGUAUGGCGCAGACGUUGGUGUUUUGCUUCAACAGAGUUGGUCCGGAAUUUGUCUGUAUUAAUUUUUGUGCAAGAUGGUGCUUACCACCUGCAGAUCACUGUGUGCUCUGCAGUUGGUCUUGUCAAAUUCGAACCGCACCAACCAGCGUGAACCAAUUCGCCUGCUUUGCUCAUGAAUACGCUGUCAAGCUCCAGUACCAAACGCCCCCGGUGAAGGAUUACUCGGCGUCUGCGUGGUUGCAGCUGUGGUGCGGCCAGGACGGGUUUGUGAAGACGGAGUUGUACGCGGGGGUGAAGGGAAUUAAAAUCGGGGUGGAGGAAAUGACAGCGAUCGUCAAGCUGGUGCGGAACAACUACCUGCGGCCAGACGAAGCUGCGGGCACCCGAAUGUCGGAGCGAGUCCAGGAGCGUAUGGCAGUGAGUAUAAUGAGAACAAGGUCGACGCAGGGGAAGAUAGAAUAUAUGUUCAGCAAAUCUGUCAUGCAAAAUUUUUAUCGCGAUCGCGUGAAGAUGUUCCAACUCCAGUCGCAGUCUGUCAUGCAAAAUCAUGAUCAUGCACAGUAAAAGUUAAAGUUUGUCAUGCAGAAUAAGUCUGUUUGUAUCCAAAAAAAAAUCUGUCAUGCACACUUCCCGCCCAACCUUGAUCUCUUUUUUUAUUUCUUCUGGAUACAAAAGAACUUAAUUCUCGUACACAUCAUCGCCGAGAUGAUCAGAAACGCGAAGACCGGAAAGCAGUGGGACGAGGACCGGGAGGCGUUGGUGUGGACGGUAUAGCUGCUUGCUUUUUUUUGGACUCGUGGAAUCUCAUCGUUAAAAUAUUUUUGCAAUUUUGAUUUUGAAGGAGAAGAUUUAGAAUUUGUCAUGCGUAGAGGUAGAGCCAUCUGAUGUCGCCCUUCUCACAACAACCCACUUCAUCGACCACAGGACCGCGACAACCUGAAGUUGACCGACCUGCAGACCAAAACCGUCGUGGGGCUAACCCCGGAGGACUGUGGCCUGGCCUACCCCGAAACGUGGAAGUUGUCGAAGGCCCGGGCACAGGAGCAGAACAAGCAGGGUGGCUGGCUCAGUCUCAUCCUCGCGCCGAUUUCGAAGUUGAUGGAAAUUACCCCCCAGGCCUUCAAGGGCAUGACCCAGAUCAAGCUGCUCAACGCGCCGGUCAUUGCCUGCGGUAACUUGGUGGCGAAGACGGUGGUGCGGCUGGAUUACGCCAAUGCCGGCGCGUUUCAGAUGUUGGACAACAAGCAGUGCGCGAUCGUGGGCAAGUGUGAGAACGUGGAGGAGAAGUACUACACCAAGCAGGGGAAGUUGGCGACAACUGCGCUGACCCGGCAGAUUAACGACUGCGAAUCCAAGUACUCGAAGCUGCGGGCGACGAUCCUGAAAAACAAGGAGGCGAAGAAGAAACAAAUCAAGCGGAACAACUCCAACGACGACAGCGUGCAGAUGGAAAUGGCGACGGAGAUCGAGAAGGCGCACAACGAUGAGAAGGCGGAGUUGCAACGGUUGCGGGAUGAGAACAAGAAGUUGUUGACCGACCUGGAGGAGAAGGCGGUGGCCUGCUCCACCCUCGAUUUUUUUGAGGUGCACUCCAUGAUGAGCAGCAAGAUCACGACGAAGGUGUCCAUGGAGAACAUUCGUCUGGACAGCGAGUUUUACGAACAAAAGGACAUUGAGGGGGUCAACUCGGAGUUCUGGCUGAACACUGCGGCGGCGCGGAAGACCAAGGUCCGGGGCGUCGAAAUCCCUAUCACCGUGACCGGGGAAUUCGAGGAAGACAAGGCCGCUUUUUACCAGAAGGGGUUGAAGAUGGUGUGGAAGUGCACGGCGGCGAUCGGCGACGGGGAGAGCAUCGUUUUCAAGCCGGCCACGUACCGCUUCGACCUGGAGGGCGACGAGCAGCUGUGCGUGAAGUUCAAGAUCCCCUUCAAAACCAG